CUGACCUUUUCAUUUCAUACUUUUUUUAGAAAUUCAUUAAUUUAAUUUCUUUUUUGUUCUCCUAUAAAUUAUUUAGACUUAUUGUUCUAACAUAUAAUUUGAAACUUUGGAGUAAAGAUAUUAACAAAAUUCAUAAACAAGAUAUUCAGAGAGAGAUGAAGUUGGUUUGGUCUCCUGAAAAAGCAUCUAAAGCUUAUCUUGAUACUGUUAAAUCGUGCGGGUUAUUGCAAGAAUCCACCGAAGCGGAGUUAAUAUCAGCCAUGGCUGCAGGAUGGAACGCGCAAAUGAUCGUAGAGACAUGGUCUCGAGGUGGGGCUACAUCAACCAGCACUGGCCUCUCUAACGCAAUUCAUCAAACAGGUGGUAGGCAUAUUUGCAUAGUCCCAAACGAAGAUACAAAAACAGAGUAUAAAUCAAUUAUGGAGAAAAUCACCGGAAUGUCACCGGAAAUUGUUAUUGGUGAGGCGGAAGAAACAAUGGAGUCGUUAACGGGGAUCGAUUUUCUUGUUGUGGAUUGUGAAAGAAAUGAUUUUUCGACGAUUUUGAAGGUGGUUAAAUUAGGAAACAGGGGAGCAGUUUUGGUAUUGAAAAAUGUGAGUUCGAGAGCUGUUUCAGAUUUCAGAUGGAGGAGUGUUCUUGAUGAAAAAUCAAAGAUCAUUCGGUCGGUUUUUUUACCAGUCGGAAAAGGAUUGGAUAUUGCUCAUGUAGGGGCUGUCGCCACCGGAAAGAGUGUCUCCGGUCGGAAGAUGGAAAAGAAAUGGAUUAGAAGGUUUGAUAGAGAAUCUGGUGAAGAGUUUGUGAUUCGGAAGUGAAUUUAGGUGAACUAUCUAAACCUCGACUAGUUCUUCAAGUACCUGUUAUCUACAGAUAUCGAGUAACUCUAUCACCAAGACAUGGUCAGAUUGAAAAAAAAAAAACACAGUGGAAUUCUUUUGUAUUUGUUUAUUAGAUUUCUUUUUCUCUUUUUGGGCAUUUUUGGGUUAUGUACAUUAGAUCAUCACAAAGUUGAAUAUUUGGUUUGCCAGUUGGGUUUAUGCUGGUGUGAUUUUGUUGGCAUUGAGUUGUAUAUUGUUUGAUAGCAUUUGAAACAAAAAGAAAAGUAGAAGAUAAAAUUGAUGUGCCAUGAAAGAUUGCAUUUUUUUCCCUUAGAGGAUAGGAAAUAAAAGAAAAACUUAAGCAGGGCGGAACAGAUCUGAGGUGAGAGUUGCACGAAUAAAGAGUGAGGUGGGUUGAAAAUAAGUAAAAAUACUAUGCAGGACAAGGAAGAGCGAAUAGGUUUCUAGAAGUCAGCAAAACAGAGAAUGUAGAUACGAAUUCUCUCAAUACAUCUGCCUAUUCUGAUGUCACGUUAAACUCUAUGACCAUUUCAUCUAACAGCUUAAGUUUAGUUUUUAGAUGACUCUCACACAGACACUUCUAACAUCUAUAGGCAGUGUUCAUGAUAUGGUUGAUCAACAAAGAGCAUUUAACUUACUCUUGCUAACUCUGUGUGACUGCCAACAAGCCACUGUUGUAAUUUGCGAAGUAGUAUCAACACCACUAAAGGUUAUGGCAGGGCUGCAGAAUAUGUCUCCAUCCUUAAAAUGAGAUCUCAGGUUC